AUGGAUAGUGGGCACUGUUACCAUUGUUGGUUGAUUGAACUGCUACUCUCUAGGAGGCCUGCAGUUGAAGGGGAUAAUUGGUGGCGAGGUCAUGCAGCAGCCUUUUUGAAGCAUGUCAAGUUGACACCAGAUGCGCUUAGAAAAGGACGUAUUAAUCAAGGCAAGUGUAAAGCAUCAUAUUUUAUGAUGGUUUUACACCAUCUAAAAUCUGUUGUGAUUGCUGUUAGAGGAACUGAGACUCCAGAAGACCUGAUUACUGAUGGUUUGUGUAGGGAAUGCUGCCUAAGCAAAGAGGAUUUGGAUGGCUUAAUUAAUGAUGGUGCAACUACGACAAUGGUUUCUUCAUUAUCAUAUUAUGGUCACUCUGGUGUAAUUGAAGCUGCUCAGGAUCUUUACAUGCAAAUAGAAGGAAAUUCUACUCAAGGUUCAGAAACUUGUGGUUAUCUUUCUUCAUUGUUGGGAGAAGGUUGUGAAUGUGAAGGUUAUAAUCUUCGAAUAGUGGGGCAUUCUCUUGGAGGAGCCAUUGCUGCAGUGUUAGGCUUUCGGUUAUAUCGCCGAUACCCAAAGUUACACGUUUAUGCUUAUGGACCUCUUCCAUGUCUAGAUUUAAAUGCAGCUGAUGCAUGUUCCAACUUUGUCACAAGUGUCAUCCUUAACAAUGAAUUCUCAGCACGCCUUUCGGUUGCAUCAAUCAUGAGGCUUCGUGCAGCUGCAAUUGAUGCACUAUCACAAGAUAGCAUAGCCAGAUCAGCAAUUGUUUCACUGGCACACCGUUAUUUUUCUCUCAAUGGUUUCAACGUAAAGGACAACAAAAUGCUUAAAGAGGUUUCUGAUUUCAGUUCGCUGUCAAAGGUUGAAGCAAGGACAACACAAACAUUGAGACAAACCCAUCAAUAUGGGAGGGGGGAAGAAGACCUGGAAUCUUGUUGGGACGAAAUUGGCAAAGAAGACAGCUCCAAGCCCGAGAUUAGCUUAACUGAUUCCAAACCUAAUUACGAUGAUUUAUUCAGUCCUCCUAACGUAUGUCACUAUGAUGAUCAGUUUAAAUUAGCAACAGCCAUUCCUUCAUCAGAAACUCGGUCAUCUCAUAAUGUCCCUGAAAUGUUUGUACCGGGACUUGUUAUCCAUAUAGUUCCAGUAAAAGAACAUGUCCAUCAUCCUUUAUUGAAACGCUUCAGUAUUUGGGAGGAAGAUUGUAGUUACAAAGCAUACAUUGCAAAACGAGAAUCCUUCAAGGAUAUUAUAGUAUCACCAUCCAUGUUUCUUGACCAUUUACCAUGGAGAUGCUACAGGGCUAUCAGGAAAGUAUUAGACAGUGAAAACCUCCGCUCUCUGUGA